GACUAGGUUCUCUCAACAUCCAUUGUCACACAACCUAAACCACCGUCACCAGUGCUCCUGCUGCUGCUACUGCCAGGGACAGGCGCGUCGCUCUCAUAAGUUACCAUCGCUUUUUGACCGCACCGAUCAUCACCUCUGCUGCACUUUUCCCAGCAUAUCCUCCCCUGAAUUCGCUCCAACUUACCAUCUCUGCAAACUCAAACAUGGCAACUCGGAGAAAGCGAGCAGAUACCGUCACCACAAAAGCUCCGGCUCCCAAGAGGAAGCGCGACUCGGAUUCGGAAUCGGAAUCGUCGCCUGACUCGGAUAGCGAACUAAGCGACUUGGGAGAGGAGGAUCUGGAGGAACCUAUCGAUUUUCAACAAGCCAGAAAAGUGAAUGAAUCUGGCGACGAAGAUGAAGAGGAUGAGGAUGAAGAAGACUUUGACGAGUCUAGCGAUGAAGACGAUACACCAGAGGAAGCCGAGGAUUCCUACAUUUUCGAAGAGGAAAAGGAUGUCUCCGAAGACGAACCCCGGAAAAAGGGCACCGGCAGAGCACUCCUGAAGGAACCAGUAUCGCGAGCCUCCAACCGUCACAAGCCCACAAACACCACACAAAAUCAAAGGAGAAAACCGAGUACUAGCGUCCCAGGCAGCUCACUCAGAGAGUCGAUCACGGUAUCAUCUCGCAGUCGGAAUAACCAGAGGGUGGCACCACAGCCGAGAGGAAGAGCGGGGGGAAGAGCGGCAGAGGAGAAACCUUUCAAAUUGACACUCAAGGUGGGAAGGGAUAAACUUCGUGAAGCCACCUCCAACUGGACACCCCCCCCUGCUGCAGCUGACAGUGGUCCAGGCACCACUGCUGCUGCCACACCCGAAAGUAGUACAUCGGCGACCUCAGACGGCAUCGCGACGGCCAGGGCUCCUGCAAUGACCCUACCUGCCCGCACGGGAAGAGGACGCAAGAUUGUGGAAGAAGAAACCUCCUCUUCUUCAUCCGAGGAGGAAGACGAAGACGAAGACGCGGAGGGUGAGGAGGACGCAGAAGGUGAAGAAAUCGACGUAGAAGAAGACGCAGAGGGUGUCCUUGAGGAUGAUGGCCUCAACGAUGAAGACGCUGAAGGAGAAACCGAUGAUGAGGAGAUGCUGGAUUCUGACGACGCCACUAACAACAACACCGGCGUUAAUUCUCCGGAUUUUAGGAGCAGAACGGGGACCCCUGACUUGAGCAAAUUGACCAGAAGGCAGAGGGGCAGAUUCGACGAGCUUUACAGUGCAGAUCUAUUGGAAUUACCUACCGGCAUAGGCAUGCCAAGUGCAGCCAAAAUUGUUCCAUUGACCGCAGACGAGGCAGCACUCAAGAGGGCAGAAAUGGCUAGGCGUCGGAAGAACCUUACAGACCAGAGAUUAGAGGAAGAAAAGAUGGAUACUAUAAACAAGCUCCUCAAGAAGCAGACCCCAAGAAUGCGCAAAGGUAGAGGAACCGGUGACGCCACACCCGCCGGGGGCCCAUAUGCCGAUUCUACAAUGGGUGGCAUUUCUGAUAAUCCUGCACCGCCGCCAACGAUGGUUCGUUGGGUCAGCAAUGCGGCCGGCAUAAGACUCGGCGUUCCAGAAAUAUGGAUGGGCGGUCCUGCAGGCGCAGUUUUUGAGAAACAAACAGCCCCGGAGGUGAUUGGGAAGAGUAGGAUGGUGGAGAUUAUUGAUGAUCCGAUGGAAAUUGAUAUGAGAGCUUAGGUAUUGAAUUGGAAGGGCGUUAUAAGUGUCUGGAGAAGGGCUUUGUAUUUUUCCCUUUCUUUUCUGUUCUUUUUUUUUACCCCCGCAUUUAUUUUGCGCUCUGAUGGGAGCGGGAAGGGGUCCUUUAAUGUGUGUAUCACUACCGUAGUUUAGAUGUCCACCGUAUGAGCCAGAAUUGAACAUGAAGUUGCUUCAAAAAA